GAAAUAGUUCAAAAUUUCGCGAGUAAGUACGUAAUAUAUCAAAAAUAUCACUACAAACGUGUUUUUUGACCAUUUUUGAAGAAUUUUCAUCACCAAGAUUAGGUCAUGAUCUCGGAGUUUUCUGGCAUGCGACUUAUCAAAAUGGGUCUAAACUUUGCCAACAGAUCAAAAAAUCAAUUUUUAGAGGAUUUAGACCGUGCUCUUUCCAAGAAUCGCAGUCUCAUCCAAAUCAAAGGCGAAUAUCUCUAGAGGUGAAAUGAACCAAGUACCCCAGAUAUUACAAUAGCAGCUGUGUACAUCACUCAUUCAAAUUCAUCAAGACUGACAGUGGCGACAUGAAGCGUACCAGACCACCAGGUAAAUAGCAAAACUGCAUAAAUGAUCCAGCGGUACCUUGCCUCCCUUCUGCCCUCUUCCAACUCUCAUCUUCACCCAUUCUAUUCUUCCUUUUCUUUCUUACAAAGAGCCUGGAAAUAUGUAUUACCCUUAUUUGCAACCCCCGCACAUCAAACCUUUUGUAUUCACAUAUCUUUCUCUUCUCCUGGUGGCUGGUUCAUUCUCUCUCGCGAAAUGUACCUAUUUACUCGUGAAUGUGUUCUGUGUACCUCAAGUUAAGUGGAUAGUACUUUGAAAUACUCCUGUUGAAUGUACAUAUUACCGUCCAGAAAUCUGUGUUUUUCUUUCAAAGCGUUGUAUUUUUUUCGGUAGAAACAGUUUAUACUCAGUUGGCAAUUGAAAAAUUAUCGUGAAAAUUGUUUUCCUCACAGGAGCUCGGUAUAAGUUUAUUACAAAAUUUGAUAGUUUUCACAUUUUGCCAAGAAGUGAGAUCGUAAGAAAAAUGGCUCAUGAUGAACUGCCACAACUGUAUCCAGAUAAAAUACGCAAAAAUAAUAUACGUCUUUCAAUCGUACUUGGUUUCAUCAUUGUGAUAAACAUACUCGCCUUAUUACAUAAACAUGAAAAGAUCACUGAAGUAAGACCACCUACGAGUAGAAUGUGGUGGCGGUACAACUUAAUGUAUGAUUUUGCGCCUAAAUGGGAUGUUGCUAGAAUAGCAGUUUUGAAUGAUAUUUAUGAUGUAGAUCCAGAUUAUUUUAAUUAUACAUUCGCUCAGGAUCAAUACUUGGACAAGAAAGUCAAGGCACAUUUCAUAACUGAAGCAGUAGAUAGAUCGCUCCUAAUGCUACAAACAGCUUUAUCCACAUACGCAGUCAUCAUAUUCAUAAUGUUCAAUCAACCCAGUACCAAAAAAUCAGCAAUUCUUGGAGUGCUUGUUGUAUCACUUAUUUCCGAUCUUCCACUCAUUUUUUACAUACCUUUCACUACAACGUAUCAUUUUUUAAAUGAUUCUUUAUCCCCGGGUUUAAUUGUACGUUUUCUAGUAUUCCUAUUCUAUGGUGCGUUAAAAAUCCUGGGUGCCUUAUGGACAGUAGAGGGUAUACCUGAAGAGAGCUACAAGCAGCAGAUGCAAGACGUGAUGCUCCUAGAGUGCAUAGAGUGCCUAGAGAACAAGGUGGCUUUGGCAGAACGUAACGUUCCUGGAGAGCAUAGAGAGCUAGCAGCAUUGGCAGGAUGUGAUGCUCCUAGAGAACAAGCCACUUUGGCUGCAUCUGCGUAGAUUUUGUUGACUGGCGAAGAAAAAUUCACUUGAAGAAAGAGAAUGCCAGGCAGAUGGUCAACAUUUUCAAGGAGCACAAAAAUUACAGGAAUUAAAUGACCUUUUUCAGUAAGACGUCAUCAGAAAGACAAAAAAAAAUCGCAUAUUUUUUUUGAUAUUCUUUUGUGGAGCAUUAUUGUAAAAAUCUGCAAUUGCAGGAACUCCUAACAAUAUUAUUAAGAUAAGGUAGAUUUAAUAUCCAAAGUGUUCCCUUUUUUUAUUCGCUUCAAUUUUUUUUAUGAAAUUCGCCUCGUCUGUGUGUUUUUUUUGGACCAUGUUUAAUCGAAUUUGCUGCUCCUGUAUUAUUUUUAUGUUUUCAUGUACCUACUAUUAAACUUGGCUUUAUUUUUCA